AUGGCCCACCUAAUGUACAGCCAGCAUCAACUUGUGAACCAAAAGCCCGAAACAUUUAUGCUUUCAACAGAAGCCCAGCAAUCGCUACCUCAGGAAGUCCAGGUUGCUCUUCAACAAGUCGAUAACUUAAAAUACUUUCUCAUCUCUGCCCCAGUCGACUGGGCCCCGGAACAAUACAUUAGAAGAUUUUUAUUACCAACCGGCGAAUAUGUAUCAUGUGUUCUAUGGAAUAACCUUUUCCAUAUUUCUGGUACAGACAUCGUAAGAUGCCUGUCUUUCCGCUUCCAGGCGUUCGGACGACCGGUGAAAAAUUCCAAGAAAUUUGAGGAGGGUAUAUUUUCCGACCUAAGAAAUCUGAAGUCUGGUACGGAUGCGUCGCUUGAGGAGCCCAAGAGCCCAUUUCUUGAUUUUCUCUACAAGAACAACUGCAUUAGAACCCAGAAGAAGCAGAAGGUAUUCUACUGGUAUAGCGUUCCCCAUGAUCGCCUUUUCCUGGACGCUCUGGAGCGUGACCUGAAGAGAGAGAAGAUGGGUCAAGAAGCGACAACUGUUGCCGUUAGCGAGCCGGCACUUUCUUUCGAAUUCGACUCAUCCCAGUCGCUAUUCGAGCAGCUCACCAAGGCGCAGCAGGCAAAUUCGUCAUCAUUUUCUGCACAUGCUUCUUACUCAUCCUCCACUUCACCCGUAAUGCGCGCGAUGGAUUCGAUGCCACCACCCCAAAUAAUUCCCCACUCCAUGCCCGUUGUGCCCGAAGAUAUGCACCCAAUGUCGUAUGGCCCGAUGCAGAUGACCCCUGCUCCAGUAAAACAGGAGCAAGAUUAUGGUAUGGCGCCAUACUACCCUGAGAGAAACGGCUUGCCGCUCUCAAGGCCGAUGCACCAACACCAGAGGACUAUCUCUAUGCCCAGCUACCUCGAGUAUUCACCAGCUCCUUCUUUUGCGCCAUCUGAGGAUUACAGUGCACGAGGAAUUUCCUACGAGCCACAUGAUCCUCCCGCUGCCACCUGUGAGCAACGCUCCUCCGUUCUCAUCCACCCACGCGCAUACACCAACAACGUCUACUCCGUCAUUGAAGGAUCUCCGACCUACAAACAGCGUCGUAGAAGAUCAUCAAUCACGCCUGGUAUCAGCGCUUUGGCCAAUGCCACUAACGCUGCCGCUGGCCAUGUUAGACGAACAAGCGAACAGCUUAGGCGCUCAACCACCGCGUCGGGUAUUGACCACAGCGAUUCGGAGUCUCCCCCAAUCAAUAUGGGGCACAUGCAGCCCCGCGAAAUUGUGGAUCUAUCGCGACAUGGAACACCACUAUCGCUGGCUGAAGACAAUAGCCCUGCACCACACCAGUCGAUGAUGCACCAUGAAGAGGGUUCAUUGCCCCCUAUGUCAAAUUGCGACCAGUCAGAUUAUGGUGUUGGAUCCGAGGUUAAGCGCCCGACCGCAAUUAGACGUGCCAAGAGCGCAACUGUCAUGGAAGUCAGCCCCUACCCCCAGAAGUCGCACUCAUGCCCCAUCCCGUCUUGUGGGCGGCUAUUUAAGAGAUUAGAACAUCUAAAGAGACACGUGCGCACCCAUACUCAAGAGCGACCGUAUAUUUGCAAUCACUGCAAUAAGGCCUUCUCUCGUUCUGAUAACCUUGCUCAACACAAGCGUACUCAUGAGCGUGAUGGCACUGCCGGCCCAAAUGAGAACUACAACAGCUACAGUGAGGAGGAUAACGAGGACGACCAGCUCCAGACAAUUGAAGAUGUCUCAGAAACAUCAGACCAUGGCGGUUAUCAUCAUCAGAUGCCCAUGAGUAUGCCCAGUAGCUUGAUGCACAGCACCAUGAUGCAACAACUGAGCUAA